UUUUGACAUUCCUACAUUCGGUGAGAGAUAGUGGUGAAGUAAAUAUGAGACGAGGACAUUUUGGGAAUAGUGUGUGUGAAAGGGGCAGAAAUAACGGGAGGAAAUGGAAAACCCUAAAACCCUUAAUUAACUCGAAAGUGCAACAAUGACACAGUUGAAUCCGAAGCACACAGUUGAAUUCGAAGAAUGCAGUGAUAACAACAAUAGGCCGUCAAAGAUUUCAAAAAUUGAAGAAGAGAUGAACCAACAUCAUCAUCAUCGUAAAAUCCAACGUUAUUUGGUGGCGGUUGAGUACAUUGGAACUCGCUUCUUUGGUUUUCAGAAGCAGCUCACUGACCGUACUGUUGCUGGUGUUCUUGAGGACGCUUUUUGUAAAUUUGUUGGCCAACCUGUUUCUGUUGUUUGUUCAAGUCGAACUGAUGCUGGAGUGCAUGCCUUGUCAAAUGUUUGUCAUGUAGAUAUUGAACGAAUCAGCAAACGGAAGCCUGGUGAAGUGUUACAACCUCAUGAACCUGCUGUGGUUAGAAGGGCUGUGAACCAUUUCUUACAGGAAAACGGCGACUUAGCGGUCAUUGAUGUACGAUGCGUUCCAUCAGAUUUUCAUGCAAGAUAUAAAGCACAAGAGCGCACAUACUUCUAUCGCCUUUUAUCUGGGCCAGAGACUUUGUCAACCUUUGAGAAAGAUCGAGCAUGGCAUAUACCUGAGGAGCUUAAUCUUCCAGCAAUGCAAGAAGCAUGCAAAGUUCUAGUUGGACAUCAUGAUUUUAGUUCCUUCAGGGCGUCUGGUUGUCAGGCAAAAUCACCAAUUAGAUCUUUAGAUGAACUCAGCGUCGUUGAAGUAACUCGAAGUCCAUAUUUUCCAUCUGUAAUGGAUAGAGAAAAUCCAAUUAAUGUCACUGAUGAUCUUCAUUGCUUUCACAGCAAUUCUGAAACUGUCAUUCCUCUUGGCUCUAGUGCAAGAAUUGAUGAAGUAAGUGCAUCAAAGGAAGACGUGGGAUUUGGUAAAAGAAGGUAUCAUCGUUGUUUGGUAGUAACUGCACGUGCACGUGCUUUUCUUUACCAUCAGGUUAGACUACUUGUUGGUGUUCUCAAAGAUGUUGGCACUGGAAACAUAACAGUUACAGAUGUUGAAAGAAUUUUGAAUGCAAAGACUGUUACAGCCACAAGUCCAAUGGCCCCUGCAUGUGGUCUCUACCUGGGAGAGGUGAAGUACGAUCUACCUAGUUAGUAGAUGUUAUGUGCUGUGAUCCUGAUUUGAGGCCUAAUACCUCCAAGAAGAGGUGAGAAAAAAAUCUAGGGGCAAGUAUUAUAGGCAUGAGUUGUUAUAGCUGAUAUUAAGAAUGCCGAAUUGUAGGAAUGAGCGUUUUUGAGAGAGUAAUAUAAGGACUGUAAAGUCCAAAUUUGAAGGGCUGAGUGAAUAAAUAUUUUUUCAUCUCUUCUUGGAGGUACCUAGCCUCAAACAAAAAAACUGUUUUAGAUCAUAACAACUGGUGCUUUUAUUGAGAUGGACCUCACUGAGAAGGCUAUACUGCAGUUUAGAUCAACAAGGAACUCAACUGCAGUAUUUAAGUGUCGUAUACUGCAGUUGUUGAGGACAUCAACUCUUGCACCAUUAUGAUGAGUCUCAUCCAAGGGAAUUAUAAUUAUAGGCAAUUCUUUCACCUAAUACAUUAAUCUUUUGGGAUAAAUUCUCCCUUUGGGCCUAUGCUCAUAACAUUUUGAAUCUCUAGGAAAGCGUUUAGGACUAAACUUGAGUUCGAUAUAGGUGUUAAACUAAUAGACAUUAGAAGUGCAUUUGUUUCAUUCAAAGUCCAGCUGUGGGUUAUUUUAUUUUAUUUUUACCCUUGUAUUUUUCUAAAUUUUCGGUUUUAAUUUUUUUUAAUAUGUUAAGAGGUAGAUAGAUGCAAUUUGUUAUUCUGCAGGCAAUUUGUUAAGAGUGAAUGUAUAACACUUUUUUAGUUAAUAUUAACAACACGCUUUCCUGAUA